GCAUCAUUCGGUGAUUGCGGCAAAGCAGUCGCUUUCGGGCCGCUGCGGGCCGCGCUGGGUUGCAAUUUAUCGUCACCCAUCAGAACACAUCGAAGGGGCUGCGUUGCCACCCAUCACAACUCAUCGCAAGGGCUGCAUCAAGCACCCAUCCGAACACACUCACCACCAAAAGAGAUGCUGCCCUCGCGGCGCGACUACCGCCCGAAGGCCCCCUUCCACCUGACGCCGCUGCAGCGGCGCCUCGCCAUCGCCGGCACGUUGAUAAUAGGCCUCGGCGCCUUGUUUCCCUGGGCGCUGGCGCAAGCGAUGAGCGCGCACGGCGUCGACGACCACCACUACCACGCGCGGAGGACGACGGCCGUCGUCGCCGUCGUCUGCGGGCUGAUACUGCUCUUCAGCUACGCGCGCGACCGCAGACGCGACAGGGCGCGGACGCGAGGGGCGCAGUCGCAGCGCGCCAUCAAGAGCCAGACGUUCCAGUGCGUGGCGCCACAGACGCCGGGCGAGUUUGUCGUCUUCCCCGUGCGCGUGGCGCGGCGCGGCGUCGCGGCGUCGCGCGUCGUGUCGCUGGACGGCGACGAGCUGCGGGUCGAGCUCGACACGAAACAACGGGACGCGGCGGGCCGCCUCGACACGGAGGCGAGCUUGAGAAGCUUGCUGGAGGCGGCGCUGCUGCCGCGCUUUCCGACGGGCGCGGCGGAGGUCGUCACGUUUUAUGGCGAGGGCCCGACGGGCCUCGCGGGCGGCCUGGCGCUGCGGCGCGGGGCGCCGGACUUUGCGCUCGGGCGCAAGGUCGGGUGCUACCUCAUGGACGCGGCUGGGUAACUAUUCUAUGUGUU